AUGGUAGGGAACUUUGCCGCUGGCAAAUUCCAGGUUAGAAAUGUCCACCGAAAGAGACAAUUGUCGGUCUUCCCGCCCAAGAAACCCAACGUCUUCCUCAUCUUCAGCCAUGGCCUGCAGGGCUGCCUCGAGGCCCAAGGGGGGCAGGUCAGAGUCUCACCUGCCUGCAAUGCCAGUCUCCCUGCCCAGCGCUGGAAGUGGGUCUCUCGAAAUCGACUCUUCAACCUAGGUGCCAUGCAGUGCCUUGGCACAGGCUGGCCGGGCACCAACACCACAGCCUCCCUGGGCAUGUACGAGUGUGACCGGGAGGCGCUGAACCUGCGCUGGCACUGUCGCACACUGGGGGACCACCUGUCCCUGUUCCUGGGGGGCCGCACAAGCAACGUCACCAAGGCUGGCACCCAUGAGCGAGGUGACCAGACCCGCAGCGGCCAGUGGCGCAUCUACAACAGCGACGAGGAUCUGUGUGCUCGGCCCUACUAUGAGGUCUACACCAUCCAGGGGAACUCCCACGGGAAGCCGUGCACCAUCCCCUUCAAGUACGACAACCAGUGGUUCCACAGCUGCACCAGCACUGGCCGCGAGGAUGGCCACCUGUGGUGUGCCACCACCCAGGAUUACGGCAAGGAGGAGCGCUGGGGCUUCUGCCCCAUCAAGAGCAAUGACUGUGAGACCUUCUGGGACAAGGACCAGCUGACUGACAGCUGCUACCAGUUUAACUUCCAGUCCACGCUGUCAUGGAGAGAGGCCUGGGCCAGCUGCGAGCAGCAGGGGGCGGACCUACUGAGCAUCACUGAGAUCCACGAGCAGACAUACAUCAACGGGCUCCUCACAGGCUACAGCUCCACACUGUGGAUCGGCCUCAAUGACCUGGACACCAGUGGCGGCUGGCAGUGGUCGGACAACUCGCCCCUCAAGUACCUCAACUGGGAGAGUGACCAGCCGGACAACCCGAGCGAUGAGAACUGUGGGGUGAUCCGCACGGAGUCCUCAGGGGGCUGGCAGAACCGGGACUGCAGCAUCGCACUGCCCUAUGUGUGCAAAAAGAAACCCAACGCCACCACAGACCCGCCCCUCCCAGACACCUGGGCAAACGUGCAGGUGGCGUGCGAGCCAAGCUGGCAGCCCUUCCAGGGCCACUGCUACCGCCUGCAGGCCGAGAAGCGCAGCUGGCAGGAGUCCAAAAAGGCCUGUCUGCGGGGAGGCGGCGACCUGCUCAGUGUGCACAGCACGGCCGAGCUGGAGUUCGUCACCCAGCAGAUCAAACAGGAGGUGGAGGAGCUGUGGAUCGGCCUGAAUGACCUGAAACUGCAGAUGAAUUUUGAGUGGUCCGAUGGCAGCCUGGUGAGCUUCACCCACUGGCACCCCUUUGAGCCCAACAACUUCCGGGACAGCCUGGAGGACUGCGUCACCAUCUGGGGGCCGGAGGGUCGCUGGAAUGACAGUCCCUGUAACCAGUCCUUGCCGUCCAUCUGCAAGAAGGCAGGUCAGCUGAGCCAGGGCACGGCCGAAGAGGACCAUGGCUGCCGGAAGGGUUGGACAUGGCACAGCCCAUCCUGCUACUGGUUGGGAGAGGACCAAGUCACCUACAGUGAGGCCCGGCACCUGUGCACCGACCAUGGCUCUCAGCUGGUCACCAUCACCAACAGGUUCGAGCAGGCCUUCGUCAGCAGCCUCAUCUACAACUGGGACGGAGAGUUCUUCUGGACAGCCCUGCAAGACCUCAACAGCACGGGCUCCUUCCGCUGGCUCAGCGGGGACGAGGUCAUGUACACACACUGGAAUCGGGACCAGCCUGGGUACAGCCGAGGGGGCUGUGUGGCCCUAGCCACGGGCAGUGCCAUGGGGCUGUGGGAAGUGAAGAACUGCACCACCUUCCGGGCUCGUUACAUCUGCCGCCAGAGCCUGGGCACGCCAGUGGCACCGGAGCUGCCAGGGCCAGACCCCACGCCCAGCCUCACCGGCUCGUGUCCCCAGGGCUGGGCCUCAGACCCCAAACUCCGGCACUGCUAUAAGGUGUUCAGCUCAGACCGGCUACAGGACAGGAGGAGCUGGGUGCAAGCACAGGGGGCCUGCCGGGAGCUGGGGGCCCAGCUGCUCAGCCUGGCCACCUAUGAGGAGGAGCACUUUGUGGCCAACAUGCUCAACAAGAUUUUCGGGGAGUCGGAGCCGGAGACGCAAGAGCAGCACUGGUUCUGGAUGGGGCUGAACCGGCGCGACCCCAGCGGCGGGCAGAGCUGGCGCUGGAGCGAUGGGCUCGGGUUCUCCUACCACAACUUCGACCGGAGCCGGCACGACGACGACCACAUCCGGAGCUGUGCCGUGCUCGACCUGGCCUCCCUGCAGUGGGUGGCCCUGCAGUGCGAGACACCGCUGGACUGGAUCUGCAAGCUCCCCAGAGGCUCAGAAGUGCAGGAGCCGGACGUGAGCCCCCAAGGCCGGCGGGAAUGGCUGCGCUUCCAGGAGGCGGAAUACAAGUUCUUUGAGCACCACUCCACGUGGACGCAGGCGCAGCGCAUCUGCACGUGGUUCCAGGCCGAACUGGCCUCCGUGCACAGCCAGGCCGAGCUGGACUUCCUGGAGCAAAACCUGCAGAAGUUCUCUCGGGGCCAGGAGCAGCACUGGUGGAUCGGCUUGCACACCUCAGAGAGCAAUGGGCGCUUCAGGUGGACAGAUGGCUCCAUUAUCAACUUCAUCUCCUGGGCACCUGGCAAACCCCGGCCCAUCAGCAAGGACAAGAAGUGUGUGUACAUGACGGCCAAUCGAGCGGACUGGGGAGACCAGAGGUGUCUGACGGCCUUGCCCUAUGUUUGCAAGCGCAGCAACAGCACUCGAGAGAGCCUGCCCCCAGACCUGCCGCCCAGAGCCCUGGGGGGCUGCCCCUCUGGCUGGAGCCAGUUUCUCAAUAAGUGUUUCCAGCUCCAGGGCCAGGACCCUCAGGACCGAGUGAAGUGGUCAGAAGCCCAGUUCUCCUGUGAACAGCAAGAGGCCCAGCUGGUCACCAUUGCAAACCCCCUGGAGCAAGCCUUCAUCACAGCCAGCCUGCCCAAUGUGACCUUUGACCUUUGGAUCGGCCUCCAUGCCUCGCAGCGGGACUUCCAGUGGGUGGAGCAGGAGCCUCUGCUGUAUGCCAACUGGGCACCCGGGGAGCCCUCUGGCCCUAGCCCAGCUCCCAGUGGUAACAAGCCGACCAGCUGUGCGGUGGUCCUGCACAGCCCCUCCGCCCCCCUCACUGGCCGCUGGGAUGACCGGAGCUGCGUAGAGGAGACCCACGGCUUCAUCUGUCAGAAGGGGACCGACCUCUCCCUGAGCCCGUCGCCAGAAGCAUCGCCCCCUGCCCCGGGCGCCGAGCUCUCCUACCUCAACGGCACCUUCCGGCUGCUGCAGAAGCCGCUGCGCUGGCACGACGCCCUCCUGCUCUGUGAGAGCCGCAACACCAGCCUGGCCCGCGUGCUGGACCCCUACACCCAGGCCUUUCUCACGCAGGCCGCGCACGGGCUGCGCACGCCGCUCUGGAUCGGGUUGGCCAGUGAGGAGGGCUCCCGGAGGUACUCCUGGGUCUCCGAGGAGCCGCUGGGCUUCGUCAGUUGGCAGGACGGGGAGCCCCAGCAGCCCGGGGGCUGCGCCUACGUGGAUGUGGACGGCUCCUGGCGCACCACCAACUGCCACACCAAGCUGCAGGGAGCUGUGUGUGGAGCCAGCGGUGGGCCCCUUUCUCCCCGAAGAAUGAGCUACAAGGGCAGCUGUCCCCAGGGGCUAGCCGACUCCACAUGGAUUCCCUUCCGGGAGCACUGUUACUCCUUCCACCUGGAGCUGCUGCUGGGCCACAAGGAGGCCCUACAGCGCUGCCAGCGAGUGGGCGGGGCAGUCCUGUCCAUUCUGGACGAGAUGGAGAACGUGUUCGUCUGGGAGCAUCUGCAGAGCGCCGAGGGCCAGAGUCGCGGUGCCUGGCUGGGCAUGAACUUCAACCCCAAAGGAGGCACCCUGGUCUGGCAGGACAACACAGCCGUCAACUACUCCAACUGGGGUCCCCCCGGCCUGGGCCCCAGCAUGCUGAGCCACAACAGCUGCUACUGGAUCCAGAGCAGCAGUGGGCUGUGGCGGCCGGGGGGCUGCAGCAAUGUCACCAUGGGCGUGGUCUGCAAGCUCCCGCGAGCCGAGACCAGCAGCUUCUCCCCAUCAGCUGCGCUACCAGAGAACCCGGCCGCCCUGGUGGUGGUGCUGAUGGCGGUGCUGCUGCUCCUGGCCCUGCUGACCGCGGCCCUGAUCCUGUACCGGCGGCGCAAGAGUGUCGAGCGAGGGGCCUUCGAGGGUGCCCGCUACAGCCGCAGCUCCUCUGGGCCCGGCGAGGCCACUGAGAAGAACAUCCUGGUGUCGGACAUGGAAAUGAAUGAGCAGCAAGACUAGAGGGGAGGGCUGGGGGCAGGAGGCGCUGGGGUGGCUGGGGAUCCUGGGCCAGCAGGGCCCCCCACCCGCUACCAGUCCACAUGGCCAUUAGAGGGGUGCCUGUGGCAGGGCAGGGAUGGGGCUGGUGGGGUCCCAGCCGAGAGGGCUGGACUGAGUGCAGCGUGGUGUGUCCCUUUCGGAGGAGACUGAGGUCUUGUCGCCUGGCCCUGUGUCCCCAUGGUAACUGGAGUCAGGAUGGGAGGUGGGGCAAGAGUCCCUUGCCUAGACCUGCUGCCCGUGCCUGAGGCACCCCCUUCCUAUACCAUAGCCCGAGGAGCCUCCUACGUCCCCUCAGGCAGCUCUCUGUUGCUUCACCCCCACCCCCACCCAUUUAGCCACCUCAAUUUGAGCCCCUCAGCUGGUCUCUUCCUCCCCCCACCCCCACCCCUCACCUUGCCUCUCCUUCUGAGCCAGGGCUCUGGGCUUGAGUCCCCCAUGGGCUCUGGAUGGGAGUUGCCACUCCGGUGCCUAGGCAGGGACUUGUGGCUUAGAGCAGUGCCCUGGGGUGCAUGUCAGCUGGGCUGGAGACCGGACUGUGGAGCGAUGCCCCAACUUCCCAGGGGUGACUGGGCUGGGCUGGGGUGUCGUCUCCUGCCGGUCAGGGGAAGACCUCACCCCUGAAAGAGUCCCCUGUGGGGACCAGAAUAAGUUCCCUUGUGCUUCUAGCUCCUGACUAUGGGAGAAGGGAGGGGCUUGUCAGUUCUGGAGGUCAUAGAGAAGCGGGAGCUGGGGCAGCCCUAGUGCCUCCCUCUAGUGGGACCCAGAGGAACAGCGCCUAGGCGCAGGCAGGCCCCAGGGGUGGGGUGAGUGGGGUGGGGCGCUGCCCCGGUGCCUUCCUAAGAGGCCAGAUGUCCAGCCAGCCCUGGAGCCACGGUGUGGGACAAUGUGAACAUGGACUCAAAGACACAGUCCCAUUUUUGUAGUUCUCAAUUUUUUAAUGUGUCAUGGUUAAAAAAAGGAAAAAAAACAAAUAAAACACCCUUAAGAGGCUUGAAA